AACCUUUGAAAAAUUAAACAGCAUUUAUGUCCGGUACUGUAGAUGUCAUCAUCAAUCACAAUUUAAUGUUGUGCUCUGAAAACCUAAAUGAGGUUAAAAAAGUUUUUUUUUCUGAUUUUUUAACGGGCUUACUUGUUAAAAAUAACAAUCACAAGUUCAUUAAAUUAGCAUAAAAGAAAAUAUAUAUUGGAAUUUUUUCCUACAAAAGUUUAUGGACUCAAGAUCUAUCAUGAAUAUUCCACCAAUUCAACAAACAGGCGCUAUGCCAAUGGGCCAAAUGACUCAACCAACUAAUCCUCAAAUGGCUCCAAAUCCUCAGCAACAAGUUCAACAACAAACUUCAUUACAACAACAGCAACAACAACAGCAGCAAGAAAAAUUCGAUAACAUUUCUAAAGUUAAAUCUUUAAUUGGACCGUUAAGAGAAACUUUGUCAAUUGCAUUAAAAACCGCUGCCAACACUUUAACUCAAAAUAGUUUAGUCGACAUUGGAUCCUCGAAAGGUACUGAUUCAUUAGAUCAUCGUUUUAAUAAGAAUAUGGAAGAAUUUUAUUCAAUUUGUGAUCAAAUCGAGUUACAUUUGAAGACUUCAAUUGAAUGUUUAUCUCAAAAUGCCAGUUCUGUACGUUAUCUACCAAUGAGUGUAAUUACAAGAACAGAAACAGUUUCAGUUCAAGAGGGAACAGCAUUGACCUAUCCACAAUUUUUGAUGACUGUUAAAUCCCAAGUUGCUUAUGCUAGAGAAAUUCAUGAUACUCUCAUGACUGCAGCUCAUACGAUAGCUCCAACUGAAUAGCUUCAUCAAGACUGUUAGUGAAAUGGAAGAAUAUAUACAUCUUUUUCUCAUUAAAACAACAUAAAAUUUAAUUGUAUUGCAUUGGAAAGUAUUGACUGGAUUUUAAUCACAAUUGUAAAAAUGUUUUAUGUUGGAGAUGUUUUACGAUACUUUGAUGAUCAUAGUUCGUACAAUAGUUGUUAGAGAAGAAUUUUUUUUCUAGCCAAGAUUCAUUAAGAAUUUUCAUAGAAUAGAAGAGAAUAAAAGAAUAAGAGGAUCAUUCUCAUUUCAUUAAGAAUAGAAACAAAAAAUAAAUAAUUAAAUUAAUUACAAUAAAAGUAAUUGCUUGUAUUGUAUUUUUACAAGCAUGUCAAUUGCAUCAGACAUGAUAUUUUUUGUUCAUCAGCUUUCUGCAUUCGUAAAACAUAUAAUUUUUUAUAUUUUAACUAGACGUUAUCGUAUUAAUCGCGAUGGUACAACGUAUAACGCGUAUGGCUAAAUACUUCCAUUUGA